AUGGACGGACAGGACACUGGCGCUCUACCAAAGCCCAAGCCCAAGCCAAAAAGGUUCAUUCCGGUGCCCCCGGAGUACCGUCGCCUCACUCAUACUACAGAACGCGAGCUCAUCGUCAACGAGAUCAAGAUCAACACUGGCUGCGAUGUCAUCCCCAAAUGGGACGCUGGGUAUAUCACUCAGUUCGCCAUUGCUGGACAAGGUGCAGGCGUUGAGAAAGCCGUCCGAUACAUCAACCACUGGAUCUCUAACGCGCAUAUCAAGUCAAAAGACUCAUCAUCAUGGGCGAAGACACCUGCAUUCGAUCAUAACAAAUGGUACUACGACAGCAUUGAAGAGCGAGAGCGUCAGCGGAAGGACGAAUUCAAGGGCAAGGCGCCUGAGGUGUCAAAAGGCGAGAUGCCACUGGCGAGCAUCAUCGUGUGCUGGCCGGAGGACCUCCUCAACGAAGGCGUCACUCCUCGCGAUGUCUUCAAUAACAAGCUAGAAGCGCUUAACGCCAUUCGGACUCAGAACGAGAGAUACAAGGCAGCCCGCGACAUAGCGCGCAUCGAAGCAGCCGAAGCGCAUCUCAUGACGAUGAUCGACAAAGUCAAAGCUGAUGCUAUGGGACUGCAGCAUCUAAUCAACAUAAUUCUUGAUAAAAAAGAGGGCUUAGAGGUUGUUCUGGAGGAGGCUGACGCGUGGUGGCCGAACCUGUACGUGAAUCACAAGCGUGAACUGCAGACGAGUGCUGACCUCUUUCGCUCAACAUCAGUCAAGAUCGAGUCGUACCUCGCCUCCUCUCCAAAGUUCGGGAAGGAUAUCUUCUUGAAGUCGAUUAACGGACCUGUUGCAGUUGAUAUAAAGAAGUGGCUUGCUGAUGAUGCACUGGGCUCGCAAAUUCUGGGAGCACUCUGCAUAGCCAAUGAAUUCCUGGAGCCGACGAAGUCUUCUGCCUACUUCGGUUAUACGCCAAAAUCGCUGCAAGGCACUCGUCCAAUGUUCCGAGGAACGUGGGUGUUCACAGACCCCAGCAGCGUUGUUGCUCCACCGCGUGAGCCGGUAGCUGUGCGCCAUGCUGGACGUCCUAAAGCGCCUCCCCAAGCUCCUGCUAGUACAACCACUCCAUCCGCAGCGCCGCAGUCCGAACUCAUCGUUGUUCAGGUCGACUGGACUGAUGACGAAGAGGGCUUGUACGAGAAGACAACAACCCGGUUCUACAAAAUCGAUCAGGGUCGUAAAACACCAAAGAAGAACAUGGAUAUCAAUCUGCUGGAGCUUGGAGAGAGUCGAGGAUGGCACUUCGCCCUUGAGUCCUUGAUUCCUGUGGCAGCGAAGAGCAUAUCGCCUGUCAUAACUGGCUUCGCUGAUCGAGUCAAGAUGAGACCCAACCACGAUUAUCGUUCCACCGAAAGCUUCGCUGAGUGGGAUCAGACACCUACCGUCAAGAAGCACCUACGGAACGGCCGUCUGGAAACUAUAUACUCCUUCGGCAUCAAGCAGACCUGCUACAAGGUUGAGGCUACUUGUAUGUGGUACCCAGGACAGAGACUUCCCGUCUGGGGUCUCUGUGUCCGCCACUCUGAAUGGGCUACCCAUCUUGCUGAGCUUGAGCGUCUCCCUGUGGGUCGAAAGGCCGACUGGGGUCACACUGUGGCUACCUUCCUGCCAGAUGACGGACAGUCUUGCUACUCCAGCGCGGUUGAGGACGAGGACUUCGGAAUGAGGAACCUCGAUCUGGGCCCUGGCGUUGAAGCACCACCACGCGAUGGUAUCCGCAUCCUCAUGGACAAGCUGCUUCAGCUAUCAGCCAUCGUCAGUUCUGUCACAGACAUGGGAGGCGUCGCUAUCUAA